UUUAAAGAUACUUAUAAAAGAAAUAUUUUCUUCGGCAUGUUUAGUUGAACCGAAAGUUUUAGUAAAAUGCGUAGUGUAUUUAUUAUUUUUGUUUUUCUUACUGUCAUUGCUCUUUGUAGUUGUGCUGGUACUAAUCAUAAGUUAGUUAAAAAACACAAGCAUUGCCACAAGUGGUUGAUUUUACAGAAGUUUUAUUUUUUGGCGUUCCUGGCCUUCAAAUUUAAAGCCAUUUUGGUGAUUGGUUCCAUCUGGGCGAUCACAUUCAUAUUCGGAAAAGUUUUCGCAGCCUUUAAACUGGCUGAAUACAUGAAAGGAAGUAAUAAUCAUCACGAAGUAAUAUAUUCUUCUCCUCAUCAUUACGACCAUGCAUACAGUAAAAAUCUACAAGUACCACCAUCGUCCGCUGAUUAUGUUUACGAUUAUCCGUCUAAAGGAACAUCUUACUCCGAAAAGAGCUAUCCAAUCAAUACUUCACCUACUGCGUAUGGAAGAGGAUACGCAGAACACGAAAAUUUCUAUGACGCUAUUAGGAGAUCAAAUUUAACCGAAGUAGUAUUUAAAGAAAUGGACUUGAAGACAGAUGCUUGCAAAAGGAAAUUCGUUUGUCAAGCUGACUUCAACACAAAACAAAGUAUGCUGUUGGGAAAUAUAUUCAACAUGUUUGUUGAUGAUGCUUAUAAGUCAUACCGAUCAAACGAAACUAUAUCUGCAAUAGAAGAUUGCAGCCGACUUUACACAGCAUGUGAUGGAGACGACGAUGGAAACGAUUCUCAAGACGAAACAUAAAUAUACAUUAUUUAUUAAGUAAUUUAUUAUUUAUUUUCUUACAAUUAUUAGCUUAUUAUUUAUUUAUCUAUUUAUUUAUUUAUGUAUUUAUUUAUUUAUUAAAAUAAUAUGUGUAGGUAUUCAGUCUGUUUAUUUUAAUAACGAUAAAAUGAGUAUAGUAUCUAAAUAUGAUUGUACAGUACAGUUCAG